UAAAAAAUGGGGUGUCAAUAUUUCAGAGUAAACCUAUUUGAACCUAGAUAGAGUAUUUUCAACUAUAUGGGGAGUAAACCCACUCUAAGAGUAUAGUUAAAGUCAGUGUUAAAUCCUGCAGACAUGCGGUGUUACUUUAACUCGACAGAGUGAUGAUUACGCGCUAGUCGUGACGUCUUGAACGCUCCGGCGGCACACGGAGGAGGUUAGUCUGGAGCAGGCCUGGAGUCGUGCCAUGGUCGGUAAUCAAGCAGAAGUGAGUAAGAAGUGUGGACCGUAGUUGAAUAUGCUGCUGCGUGUGUCAUUCGGUGGGGAGCAGAAGUAUGUUAGGCUGUCUGACCUAACAUUGGAUGCCUUCAUGAAAGAAGUGUGUCUCAAAUUUAACAUACCAGAAGGUAGGCAGCCAGAUAUGAAGGUAUUUGACCAAUCUGACACAGAAGUUGACGGAGAGGUCUUUGAAGAAAUAGUGAAGGAGUCACCUGGAACGUUCCGAGUCGUGUUGAGCAAUGAAGAACUUGAUGCUUCUCUGUCAUCAUCAUCAUCAUGCUCAGCAGCAUGUGAAGAUACUAUCAUUCUGAACUUCACAAUGUGUGACCCUCCUGAAGAAGCAGCCGUUGCCGAAGGAAGUCAACCUAAAAGGCCAUGCCACAUAAACUGUGAGGCAAAAGAGUUGAUUGAAAAAAUCCUCACUACAAAGCCUGGCGGUGAACACAUCAUGCAAGAGUAUGCAAAAACCAAAUCCCUGAAAGAUGCCACCAGAAGACAGAUGAUAAACAUACUUGCUGCUGAGAUGACACAAACACAUGGGACAUCCCCCCCUAAAAAUGUCAGGGUGAUGUACGCACAGGAGAUAGUUGCUUUGUUUCCACAUCUGGAAGACCCAUAUUCACAACAUGGAUAUGAACAUUACUACGAUCCAGAGAGUGGUUCUGGAUACCUUGCAUGGCGGUUGAAGACCAUUCAAAGAAAAACUGCAGAGGAAAGAGGUGCUUCUGCCAGUAAAUCUCCCAAGAGUGGUGGGCCAGGUCAACCCAGACCCUUCACUGCUGACAAAGUGUUAUCUGAUGAGGAUGUGGAAGCAGCUAUUGCUGUUUUGAAACACUCUGCUGAUGAAGACACUGUCCGUGAGAAGAUGAAAGCUACCUUCAAUUAUCGUCAUUCAAUGGUCAACGAUGAAAAGAGAACAGCAGAUGUCUUCUCAGUCUUCCCGCGGUUUCUCGAUACACCAGGACUGAUAGAACAAGAUUUCAGGCUGCUAUUUGGUGAGCUGACAGCAAACAAGUUUUUGGAAAAGUGGCCCACCAGUCUCAAAGCAAAAGUAAUCACAGAAAGCCAAGGACUUGUACCGAGCACAGAGCUCCUAGAUUUGAUGAGGAAUGCUGAGUCAACUGUUGUGGUUGAGAAUGGCUGGGACAGUGACAUGUCCACCAUCUUGCUGCUCCUUCAUCUCUUGCCACCAUCUGCCCAGGGUAGGAAGAGGCCAGGGAAGAUGUCGGCAAGUCAGGCUGUGGAACACCUCAUCAAAUUCAUAAAAGCUGGAACCAGCGUGCAGCAGCAUCUCAAUAACAUCAGCCAAAGCAGCCAGCCUUACCUCCUCGCUCAGGGGCCCACGAGAAGCAGCAUCCACACCUUCUUCAUUGUCAUCGACAAGUACGCACUACCAUGUAAGGCAACAGGUUCAGUGGGAGCCCUUGACGAACUCUUUAAGGCCCAUUACAUCUUUGGUACCUCAUAUAGUCCUGCCCUUGCCAACUUUUUCACUUUUCUGCAAACAACUAUCUACAACAUUGACGUUGGGGAAACAAAGGAAACUCCCAGAGUUGCCGAAUUGCGAGCAAGAAUAAUGCAUUAGUGUCUGCUUAGAUCAAACAAUGAAGUGCUUUCUCUGCAGAAGUGACCAUGGGAGUCCAAACAGCCUUAUAAAACACCUUAAGGUAAUUCAUGGUCUCUGUACCAUGAAUAUUGUAGGCAUUAUUUGACACAGAGCUAGAGGCAAACAACUUUUAGAAGUGCUGCAAAGGGGGAAAACUUAGGACGCUGACACACACAGUUAGCAAGCCCAAGUCUCUCACAGAGGUAGUUCUCUGGUUGGUUCACGGUUAAAUGUAGGCCCUACAAUACGAUGAUUAAGGUUUUGUUUAUUUAUUUUAUAAACUGAUAUAUUCUGAGCACAGCGUUUCCAGCCACAGUGAUUAUACUUUCAUGCAGAUCAGUAAUUAAUCCUUUGAAUUUUAGUAAUUUCCUCUAGCAAUACAAAAGAGCAACACAGCAGCCAAGUCUUGUGGAUCCAUUGUUUUGGUCUCGCUGUGCUCUCCGCUGAUUGGUUUCAGAAACAUUGAUCUUAUUGGUUGUGUUAAACAGAGGGCAGGGCUCAUUAUCAUCUGGACAGUUAUUACGGCGUAAAAAGCGGCGUCUACUGUGGCUCUGUACAACGCCCGUGUAACAAAAACAAAACCCAAAAAAAAAAAAAAACGGCGCGUUUUACUGCACUUUGUCGCAUUAAAAGCGGCGUUUUAAGGCUCCCGGCAAAAGCGGCGCUUUACACAAGUAAAACUCCGCUUUUUGCGUCGUUUAAAUUAAAAAAACGGCCGUAAAAAGCGGUGUCUUAAGAGAGGUGGCGUUAAAAUAGUGGCGAUAUAUGGCACUUUAGGCUUUCCAUAGUGUGAGGACAAUGCAGUAACAGCAGAGACGCUGCCUCGCAUACUUCUACUAGGCCUAUAUACUUUUAGUAUGUACUGCAGCUGCCCUUAAAAAGUAUGUAGUGUAGUAUACAGUAUGCAUACAGUACUAUUGGACACACUACAUCCGCCAUCACAUCGCUCCCUGAACUCCGACCCUCUUGUUUACUUCCGUCGCCGUCCGUAGCGCCACAUUUGAAUAUUUUGUUUUGUUGUACUUCGGAGAUGCAGCAAAUCUCCUCUCGUCGAGCCCGCCAGAGUCGUGCAUACCGUCGGAGGUGCCGGAGAGCUCUGUUGCUGUUAUGUCGUAAUAUACGUUGUUGUUUCUAAUAAACUGAUGUGUUCACGUAAACAGUUCCAAGCCUAUUAUUAGUGACCUGUCUAUUGAACUAGUCACCAGUAGGCACAUUAACCCCCU